CCUCUGUUUUAAUGAAAAGAUAAUCCGCAGACGUGUACUAAAAAAAAUCUGAAGCAAUAGGCUUAUUAAAUGAAACCGGUACAGAUACACUACAGGAAGUUCGAGCGACCCGCGGCAGCGCUUUUUCGCGUUUAUUUUUACUUCUCCGAGUGAAAUGCAUCUCCCCUUGUUCCCGUGCUUGUAAUGCGCCGCUCAGGCAACAACAAAGACGAGCUCUCGUUUUAAUAUUUCACGGCAAUGUGAGAGAUUCAAAACACGAAUCGGCCUCAAAUUCCAGUGAGAGAGAGAGAGAGGAAAAAAAAGAUAAAAACAAUUCCUGCGUCCUGAAGAGGGGGUGGAGUGGAGUCGACCAUACGACCCCCCCUUACAAAACGGGAGGUCGAUUUCCCACCGAAGAAACCGCACUGAUAUAAUAUAACACAAAGACCCUUCCUGCACCCGGAGGAGGGGGCGAGGGAUUCUUCACAUGCGUGACGGGAAUCGAUCAUCGUUUGUUUUUUUUAGGUUGCACGGGGCGUGCAACAGGAACGCACUCGUCCCCCACACUGAACCCAGAGGCAGUCGUUUCGUGUUUGUGUUUUUGUAACUGGCGGGCCAGUCGCCGGAGUAUCCGUCCGCCCGCAGCUGGUCUCCCGGCUUCCCGGCGCGCAACACCUUUUGUCCGCAGGCACCUCCACGGAGCGCCCCAUCUCUGAACGAGAGAGGAGGGGGCGACGCCAGGGAGGUGGGGGCAGCUGCUGAACCAGACCGCGGCCGGACCCGGGCUGUGGAGUCCGGGGGAGGGAGGGGUCUCCUGCUCGCUGCACCCCCGCCCCCGUGUUUCGCUUUCAAGUCGUCUGUGUCGGCGCGUAAGCUGAAACGCUCACAGACGCCCGCUGGGGGCCUCGGUGGACCUCCCCCCUGUCGCCUCGGUUUUGGUUGCGGCGAAGAGAUCCCGGAGACGCUCAUCAGGGUUUGCUUGAUGCGAGCGGAGACACAGUGUCGGGAGGCGCGUCUAUAGGCUCGGGACCCCGGGACGCUGAGAAGAGGAAGAGGAAGAGGAGGAGGAGGAAGGGGGGUGCUUUAUCCCGAAACUUAAAUACGCGAUUCUAAAUGUGACUGAAAACGCGUGCCAGUAGCAUCUGAGCGGGACGCCAGCUGCCUCUUCAGCUCCUCAGGGCUGCGGGACGCGCCCCGUUUUUUGGAGGAAUAUGGGGGGUCUGACUUGAGACGCGCACGGACGGGGGGGGAGGCAGGAAGGAGGAGGCGGCGUUCCGAGACCAUGAGAAAAUCAUCCUAAAGGAAAGAGAAAGAGGGAAAAAAAAGACCCCCGAUCAGAACAGUAAGGGGGAGAGCGACCGUGUGUGAAUGUGAACAUCGCCCAGCUCGGAGUCCGGAAUGGUGUGUCAGGACCCAAGGGGUUCCGAAAGAUUGCCAUGUUAAUGCGGGCAAUGAGUCUCACCGAUGUCGGAGGGACCUUCGGAUGCCCAUUACAUUUGCAAAUACAGGCAAGGAGCACGGAUAACCUGGACAGCUCAGGGGAGCCGGGCUCUCGCUCCGCGGGAGGCAACGCCGCUGGGAAGGGGAAAAUGACCAAAAGGCUGUCCAUUGUGAAAGGUCACUUCCCGAAGCUGGUGGACUGUGCCCACUUCCACUACGAGAAUGUGGAUUUCGGAACGAUCCAGCUGCAGUUCGCCAGUGAGCAGAACAGUGCCAACUGGGCAUCUGUUACAGGCAAGGACCUGGUCUUCCUGGUACAGGUGUCAUGCCAGGGGAAGACCUGGCUGGUCCGCAGGACCUACGAGGAGUUCCGGACGCUGGACAGUCACCUGCACCAGUGCAUAUACGAUCGCCGCUACUCCCAGCUGGUGGAGCUGCCACCCAUCGAGGAAUUCAGCGAGAGGCUGGAGCUCUUCACCCCUCUGCUGUCCGAAUACCUGAACCGCCUCUCCAUGAUCGUGGACAACAAGCUGAACUGCGGGCCUGUCCUCACCUGGAUGGAGAUCGAUAACCGAGGAAACCGGUUCCUGCUGAAGGAGGAGGCGUCCCUCAACAUUCCAGCCAUCGCGGCCGCCCACGUCAUCAAGCGCUACACGGCGCAGGCCAGCGACGAGAUCUCCAUCGAGGUUGGCGAUAUCCUCUCGGUGAUCGACAUGCCCCCCAAGGAGGAGACGAGCUGGUGGAGAGGCAAGCAUGGCUUCCAGGUCGGCUUCUUCCCCAGCGAGUGCGUGGAGCUGAUCAACGAGAGGAGAGCCCAGCCCUCCUGCGCGCCGGCGGCCAAACUAGAUGUUGACGGCAGUAACGCCAAGGCUGGGAUAGUUGGUGUCCAGCGCCCUCCUUCUCCGACAUCAGUUCUGCAUCCUUGGUUCCUAAGACUUGCUGUGUCCAGGAAGCACGGCAAGCUGAUGGGCUUCCUGAGGACCUUCAUGAAGUCCCGGCCCAGCAAGCAGAAGCUGAAGCAGAGGGGCAUCCUGAAGGAGAGGGUGUUCGGCUGCGACCUCGGGGAGCACCUGCUCAAUUCGGGCAGCGAAGUCCCUCAGGUGCUCAGGAGCUGUUCGGAGUUCAUCGAGAAGCACGGCGUCGUGGACGGGAUCUACAGGCACUCUGGGGUGUCCUCCAACAUACAGAAACUGCGGCACGAGUUUGACAGCGAGAACGUCCCCGACCUGACGCGCGACAUCUACAUGCAGGACAUCCACUGCGUGGGCUCCCUGUGCAAGCUCUACUUCCGCGAGCUGCCCAACCCCCUGCUCACCUACCAGCUCUACGACAAGUUUGCAGAAUGCAUGGCCUCGACGCCUGAAGACGAUCGAAUGGUGAAGGUGCACGAUGUCAUCCAGCAGCUGCCUCCCCCCCAUUACAGGACCCUGGAGUACCUGAUGAGACACCUGUCCAGACUGGCGACCUGCAGCAGAGAGACCAACAUGAACAUCAAGAACCUGGCGAUCGUCUGGGCUCCCAACCUGCUCAGGUCCAAGGAGAUCGAGGCUGUGGGGCUGGGCAGCGCUGAGGCCUUCAAGGAGGUCCGAGUGCAGUCGGUGGUGGUGGAGUUUCUGCUCAGCCACGUGGAGCUGCUGUUCAGCGACUCUUUCACAUCCGUGGGCAAGUUCAACACAGGGCGGUGCUCCCUCAGCCGGCCCAAGUCCUUCGUCAUCUCGUCCCUGUCCACGAGGCUCCUGUCCCUGGAGGAGGCCCAGGCGAGGACCCAGGCCUCGGCCCACCUUCAGUGCUUGCAGCAGGCCCGGCUCCUGGCUCUCCAGGGCCCGAGAGAGGACUUCCAGGGCCGGUUCCACACCGUCCUGGAUUUGCCUGCCGACAGGCGGAAGACUGGGAUGAAGGUGCGGAAGUCGGCGGGGGGGAGCUGGAAGACUUUCUUUGCCAUCGGGAAGCAGGCAUCCGGCCGCCGGAAGCACACCAGGAUCGGCUCCCUGUUCCAGCCAGCGACGUCGCAGGCCGGCACACGAAUGGACACAGUGACCCUGCGUUCAGCCAAGAGUGAGGAAUCCCUCUGCUCUCAGCACAGCGGGGCAGGCCUGUCCAGGCUCCAGCGCCUGCGCCGCCCCCGCUCCAGCAGCGACGCGCUCUCGGUCGCCAUGGAGGCCGAGCUCCUGCCCGAGCUCAAGCCCAGCCGCUCCUACGACAGCCUGCAGGCCGAGGAGGACCCCGAGGGCGUCUACAUGCUGCCCGACUUCUCCCAGGAGCCCGCCCUGUGGCUGGCCGAGGACGAGAUGGACUUCAGCCCCACCUUCCUCGAGGAGGGCGGCGGAGGGAGAGGAGGAGGAGGAGGAGGAGGAGGAGGCCCCGAGCUGGAGCCGCUGUCGCCGCCGCCGCCGCCGCCCCCCGCGUUCCGCUGCGGCCCCCACCACCUCCAGCAGCCGCUCACGGAGGACCCCGACUCCCUGCUCAACCAGUCGGAGGCGGCGGCCCGGAAGAGCCUGGUUCUGGCCGCCGCAGCCGCGCCCCCGCUGCGGUCCCUGUCCUGCUGCCAGCACCGGGCCCAGGCCCAGGCCGGGGAGCUGAGCAGCCCCCCUCCCGAGAGGAGGUCCUUCACUCGCAAGGUGGCCCACGCCCUCUCCCCCAAGGGCUCCAGAUCGCCCCCUCUGGACAUUUCCGACCCCAUCGCCAUCAGCGUCCCGGCCAAGGUGCUGGAGAUGAUCGGCGGGCGAGCUGGCGAAUUGCCGACCGGCCCUCAGGGCUCGGGCCCCACCCACCCCCCCCAGAUGAUCUCCAUGCUGCUGAGGUCGUGCGACAUCCAGCUGACCGAGAGCUGCCAGGAGGAGAUCCGCAGCAAGCUGACCCAGGGCGGCGAGCUCAAGGUCAAAGGUCUGCCGAUACCCUCCUCACAGAUACCCCCGCCCCCUCCCCCGAAGAACCCUGCCCGUCUGAUGGCGCUGGCCCUGGCGGAGAGUGCCAACAAGGCCCUCCAGCAGGCCUCCGGCCAGCCCGCCGCCACUACCGCCACCGCCGGGUCCCAGCGCCACCCCCGGCCUCAGGGCAAGGCCGGGGAGAGUUUGGAGGCGCGUUUCAUGAGGUCCCUCUCCGUGGACUCCAGCGAGGUCCUCUCCUCGGUCUCCAAUCCCCUGUACUCCACAGUGCGCCCUCUGUCGGUGUGGAGGUCCGAGGUGGAGGCCGAGGACAAAGCAGAAGGGGAGCAGAAAGACCGGAGUCAGCCACAGGACACCGGCACCCUCUCCUCUCAGACCUCGCUGUCCGAGUCCGGAGCUUCUAUCUCGGAGGUGUCUGCCAGCAGCUCUUCUGGGGAAACGGACUCUGGGCCGACCUACAAGAAUCAGCUGUCCAAGACCCCUUCGAUCAUGUCCAGCGCUGCCUGUCAGCCCACGGACCAGCCCCCAGACCGUUCCGGUCUGAGCCCCACCGAGGACCAGGGCGGCUCGGAGAGCCAGUCCCAAGUGCGGAAGCCCCCCGCCUACUCCAGGCAGUUCUCCGCCCCUCAUCUGCAGCAGAAGGUCCCCACGUCUGGCCCCAAUCCUAUGCUGGCGUCGCAGUCCACUCCGCCCCUUUCCCGCGCGGGCUCGGAGAGGAUCCACCGCGCGGAGCCGUCCAGGGAGCUGCCGCCGCCGCGGCACAGCCGGGCGGCCAGCAGCCCCUUCCAGAGCCGCGCGGAGGAGCACUUCGCUUUCCAGAGCCGCGCGGAGGAGCACUCCAAGGGCGAGAACCUCUAUUACGAGAUCGCCCCCGAGCCUCACCUGCUGCCCUCCCCGGCGCGGUACGGCUACCCGAGCGUGGGACUGCGUUUCGAUGGGCCACCCUACCGUCCCACCCGACUGGACCUUGAUCCCGCGGACAGGGCCCUGAGGGUCCACGGCAUGGCGGUCCGGCCUCACCACUGGACCGCAGACCCCCGAACGUGGGCGCUGCAGGCCGUGGGUCACUCUCUUGUGCCCUUCUCUCAAAUCCCACUGGACACCCCGCCUCAGCCCUCUCAGUCUUCCAUCGUCCGGAUGGUUCCCGUCUCCCGGACUGAAGUCCACCCAAGCCAGGGGGUAGCUGCCUACCAGAGGAACCCCUACAGGUCCCAGCGAUCCCCCUCGGGGGACCUCACUGCUUCUCAGCUGCACCCUUAUUUUGAAAAUGGCAAGGUCUGCUACCGCUACUUUGAGGCGAACCCAGACGGAUUUCCACAGGAUUCCCAGCACCAGCCCCCUACCCACAAACCCUCUAGGCAGGAGCAGAAGGAGCCCAUAUACGUGAACUUCCCCUUCAACCCUGGCAAGACCUGGACUACCACCGACCUGGAUGGAGAGACUCGGCAAGCCCCGGAAUCUCCCCCCAUGGAAGAGCCCAGAGAAUCCGUCACGAAGGAGGAGCCUGCUCCUGGCAUCAAGGAAAGCCCGCAGCCCAAAAGGGCCGUCUCCCAGUAUGACAAUAUGACCGCCUCCUUGGAUGAAGACUCAGGUGGCUCAGAAGCAGCGGUGCACUUCCGGAGUCACUCGGAUCCCCAGGAAAAGACUUCCGAAGGCCCAGGAGAAAAUCAGCCGCCCUCAGGGAAAGAACCGUCGGCCGGACUGUGCGAGGAAUCGCCAAGAAGAGACGUGGCUAAUGAGAGCUCGUGCGUUGGAACUUCCUCGGAUCGUCCCUUACCCCACGAUCGGCAGACGUACAGCCCCGGACCUUCCCGGCCCCCUUUCGAGGGGCAAGCGGCACCCAGAGGUGCCCCUUUCCUCCGGCAGGAUGCCCUACGGAGGUCUACUUCGGGCGGGCACUACCGCCAAGCAUUCGAUGUCAUGCCCUCCGGUGACCAGGUGCUGAAAUUCUACCGGGCGGCGCAAGACUUCAUGAGCCACUCGCCCCACCCCCCCGCCUGCGACUCCCUCCCGCCUCCUCACCACUCUUACGAGGACCCUUACCCAGGCCGCCAGGUGGAAGCCCAUCCCCAUUACCCCAGUCAAGAUCCCCCAAUUCCGGCUCCUUUCUCCAGCCUGGCCCACAUGUCCAUGUCCACGCUGGGCACAGCCAGAGGCCAUAGUCCCUCUGGGUUCCGCACCAUGGCCAGCCAGUACAACGCGUACCAGUUCCAGUCGGUGCCCAUGCUCACCCAGUAUGGCAACGUGCCCCGGAGGGAUACAGUUCUUGACCCUUCCCUUCGCCCGGGUCUUCGGCACCAGAGUGGCAUGGCCAGACAGGGUAGCCUACCCGGGCCGAACUGGACCGUUCACACGGAGGGACAGACGCGCAGCUACUGCUGAAAGCCGUCCCACUCCUCCUUUUUUAGGGAUUCGCGUUGACCUUCCUUGACCCUGGUUCUAGGGGGGGUAUUUUAAAAUUCAGACUUUUUUCCCCCAUUCUCCCCCCCUCUAAAUCAAUUUUUUUAUUUUUGGUCAACGUUGCCUGAACGAUGCCGAAUACGCGAAGGGGCAACGAAAGGUUCUUCACCAAGGGGUGGCCUCCGUUGGAAACAUUCCAGUCUUUUGCAGGUCCUGCUGUCCAAAACGUCUUGUCCCUUUAAGAAGUGUUUCUGGCGUUGAGCACAAUGUUUUGUACGCGUGUUCCGUUCGUUUCCGUUUUGUACCUUUGUACAGAUAUUGCUCGACCAAGCGAAAUGGAUUCUCGGUACAGUGAAGAGCAAAGUUCCUCGGAUUCCUUUCUGAAGACUUUCAAAGCUGCUGACUUGUAAAGGACUGACUUUUAUUUUUUCCAGAGAAGAAUGCAUAAACAACGAGUGAUGGUUCUUCUCCUAACAUUUUAUUUAUUUUAUUUUUUUUUUUAAGAAUAGAGUUUCUUGGAACCUGGCUAUUGCAAUGUAUCUAACGACUUUCUUAUCUAAACAGUUACAAAGUGAGAAGCACAGUUCGUGACGGUGAAAACUGCCAUUCGAUGAAAGGGAGUCUAUUUCUGUGUCACUUGUCAUUUUAAAUUUGUGGUGCACUCUUCUUUCAGCCUUGGGAAUAUCAAUAUAGGGAGUGUAUCUGUUGUUGUUUACAGAUUUCAAGUGUGUGUGUGUGUGUUUUUGUGUGUGCGUGUGGAGGAGAGUUUUGUAUUUGGAUACUUUAGGCUGUAUCUCAAGUCGAUCAUGGGCCACACUGCUCUAGUGAUCUGAUAUCUGUAAUAAAGUUUAGCAAUAAUUCUCAUCCCCAACAUGUGACUCUUCUCCACAGAAUUAUCCUCCAGCAUAAUGAUGGCGUUCAGACACUAUAGUGAGCUGAUCUGAAACUUGUGGUCCUACUCUUGCAAAACUAUAUGCAGGGAAUUAGAGAUAGGGUUCGACUUGAGAUACAACCUUUGGGACUCUCAUUUUAAAGGCUUACCAUAUCUUCAUAAGGCAGCACUGGAAUUAUGGGAAAUGUAGUUUAUAUGAACCUCAGACGAGCCCACAAGUUGCUUACUUCAAGAAAAACCUUUGACAGCCCAGUGUCUGUUAAAGCACACACUACACCAAUCUGAAAUGAAUCAAGUUUGUCUUUAGCAUUAUUUCAACAGCCAAAUAUUGUAUAAUUGGCAGAAGCCAUCUUCCUGCCUGCCCUCACCCCUACCCCCAUAACGUAACAUCAGCACCUUCAGUUUUCAUAGUAUGUUGCAUAGUAAACUCACCAUUUCCUUACACAAAUCAAAGUUUUCAACCAAAGGUCUCCAAACAUUUUUUGAGCCUUCAGGGGGAGAUAUUCAGGACUAUUGAAACAUGACUGGCUAAUUUUUAGUGAUUAUGACCAUUGUAAAUCAUUCCGAUCAAUUCUGGGACCUUCAGUGUUCGCCUUUGAUGCUGUUGGAAAUACUGAAAGUAUGGAAAUACAGAAUUCUGUACUGCUGUAGUUCUUCCCCAUUUGUAUGAAGCACACUCCAAUACAUUUUUAAAACUGAUGAUUAAUAUUUUAAUGGCACUGAAGACCCCCUGAAUGGGGCAAUUUUAUCUUGGGUCCAGAUGGUGUGUCUUUUAGAAAUGUGAAAUUGCUUGAACUGCCAUUCAACGCUGGCUUCAGAGAAACCCUGAGCUGUGCAGGGGACAUUUCAGUGGGUGCUGUAAGAGAGCUGGGAAAUUCUCUGAGAAUUUCCUUGCCAGCAUAAUUCAUGAAGGGCUGGAGGAGAACAGAGGUUUAGAAGGAUAAGGUAGCGUUGUGCUCUUUUGGAAUCAAGUUGUGCAGAAUGGAAGUGUUUUGGGGAAAUUGUGCAGCCUGACCAGUUUUAUAUUUUUUCCACUGGUUCUAUGAUGUUUGAAGAGGGGUGGAAUUCCUGUCAGUGACAGGGUGGUGAAACGGUGCUGUAUGGUAUUGAAGGAGCAGAGGAAUCUCACCUCAGUGACUGAAUGUAGUGGAGAAGGACAGGGUGGAGGGAUGAUGGGACAUCUCACUGAACUGUUCUCUGUAUCUUUCUUGCAAUGACAGUUUUCUGGUAAACGAGUCACUGGUUUAACAAAAAGCACUCCUAAAAAGAAGGCCCCGAGCUUGACAGGCCCUCACUGUCUGCCACCCGGAUCUGAGUUACCGAAACUAAGCUCUCUCUGUUCUGUCUUUGGGAAUAGAUGCCCCCUCAUCAGCUGGAGUUCUGUUGUUUGUCAUUCUGCAGAAAAAGCUGUUGAUGGUACAGGGCAGGAAUGAGUCAUUCCCAUGCUUGGAGGACUGAGUUCUGCAGGUAUUUUCCACAGUCCAAAAACACACUUCGCUACCAUGUAAAACUGGGUUCUUAGUUUGAAGACAGAGCACAGAGAUGUUCAGUAACUUUUCACCCAUAGGGAGGCUGGGCAGAAAUGUGGACCUUGCUGUUAUGACCAGAUCUUUUUUUUUUUAUUCUAAGUGCUAGGCCAUUCCAUCCUACAACUCUGAUUCCUAAAUUUGGGAAAGUGUCCCAAACCUGUGACACCUGCUCAGAUCUUGGAAUGCAGUUGUCUUACUGCUGUGUUCAUGAACUUCCUUGUCCCCAGAAGUCACAUAACUGCCACUGAAGGACUUGCAUUGAAUUCAUCGAUACCCAGUGAUGUGCAGCACAAGUAUGCAUUUGAUGCAGAUGAGAGGAACUUCCUCCCUGUUGAAAAAUGAAGGAACGAUCACUUUUGUGUCAAGUGUUGAACUCGGGCAGGGUGGGGUCAGCCCAGCUGCUCUUUCGGGUUUCCUAUUGGCGCAAACUUUAAUUUUUUGCAAUGUUGUCCCCACCUUCUGAAAGUGUGUUUUCUGAUAUUUUUGUAACCAAGCAACAAGCGAGAAAAAAAAAACAACAGAUCUGCAUGAAGCCAUUUUGUGAAGUAUGUGACAACUGCAAAAAAAAAAAUCUGUUUGGAAGAUCGAAUUUAGAAUAUUAACACCAAUAAAUCAGAUUUGUUCAACUGUGA